CAAAUAUUCAUUCCUGGAGGGAGCGGCUGCCGCUGCACAAAUAGAUCUCUGUCAUCUGCGCCUCAAACUGAAAGUGAAACCUGUUUCCUUCUUAUUCCCUUUGUACUGAACUUAUUUCUUUCAUAUUCAGCCCAGAGGCACAACAGCACAGUCCCACGAGCCCUAUCCUGCCCUCCAUAUGGGGGAACCUACUGCUUUCCAGUUCCCUGUGGCCCUAAAGUGGGAUCUGGGGCCCGAGAAACUGAAGGAGCUGAAGAACAAACUGCUUGUGUAUUUCCAGAGCAAGAGCAAGUCUAACGGAGGGGAGUGUGUGAUCAGGGACCCCGACUGCACCCCCGAAUAUGUCCUCAUUCACUUCAGCCAAGAAACAGUGCGAGACCGAGUUCUCCAGAGACAAACCCAUGAGCUGAGCUUGCCCGGGGGGCAAAAGUUACAGCUCAAUAUCAGUUUGCCAGAGGCGGGGAGGCCAAACAUCAGCAAAGCAGAGGAAAGUCCAGCCAAGGGCUCUGCAGUAAAGGAACCUAAAGCCGGAGAUGCUAAGGAACCUCCAUACAUGGAACCGGCACCUAAAGAAACUCUGGUCAUUGAACCUCCAACCAAGGAAACCUCAGGCAAAAAGACUCAGGCCCAGGAACCUCCUGCUGGAUCCAAAGACGCAGAUAUUCAGCAGGAACCAGGUUCUGCAGCACCAGAUGUAAAAUCAGAGAAAGCAAAUAGUUCGGUCCAUGGCACCCUGAACUCCAUGGUUCUGAUUGAGAAUCUCCCAGAAUCCCACACUGCUGAAAUGUUGAACCUCCUGGUAGAGAAGGACAGUGACAAAGCCGAGGGCCAAGACUUCUAUGUGGAGAUGAUCCCUGAGAUCCGCUCUGCUGUGGUCACUUUUACCUGUGACAUAGAUACCCCCAGUUUUAUGGGGAGACUGGGCAGAAACCCCAGGUUUAAGCAGAAGAAACUAACCGUGAAAGCUCUGGAGGAAACCAACAGUAUCCGGGUGGAGAAUCUGCCCCCCGGCACUGAUGAUCAUGUGGUGAAUUACUUUGAGAACCCGCGGCAUGGAGGGGGGGAGGUACAGGAGGUGAAGCUGAUACCAGAGGAGGACGCAGCAAUAGUAACGUUCAACAAUGUAGAAGAUACAUACAAGGUAUUGGCGAAGCAGCAUGUUUUUGGGAAAAAGCCAGUAUCAGUGUAUCUGUACUAUUUGCCUCUGGGUAUAACCCUUUAUGGGAAGGAGGGACCUUGUGUAACAUUACCUGAACCCCUGGAGGUGCCAGUCAGUCCGUAUGUACUGGAAUUCAUACUGGGAGACCCACAGAUAAAAGGCGACAUAGACAAGAAGAUGGCAGAUAAGAACUGUGAGAUCACAUGGCCAGAUCCAAACUGCCCCAAUCCCACCAUUAAACUGUCCAUCCCCAGCUCCAUAUCAUCUCAUCUCAGGACUGUGGCAAAGAUUGUACGGACAUGGAGGGAUCAGGUUUCUACAGAAUGGACCCUUAUUAUUUCCAAGUUCAGAGCCGCAGAGUACGAUGUGAUUCCACCAGUUUGGGAAGCCAUCAAAGGAGAAGUCAGCAGCUCGACAUAUGAGGGGGUUUUGGUCAAACCAGACCUUGCCAAACACAAAGUCUUCCUUGCAGGACUCUCCAAGGUUAUGACUAAGGUAGAGCAAACCUUCAAGGACCUGGUAGAAAAUACCACCAGGCAGAUUGAUAGACAAAACCGCAGUAUGGAAAUGUCUGAGCCACUGGCCCCUGCUCUCUAUGAAAUAAUGUGUAACAGCGGCCAUAUAAAGAACAUCCAGUCACAGUCUCCAGAGCUCAGAAUUGAGUAUGAUGUGCCAACCAGGAACCUCAAGCUCUAUGGAGUCAAAGAAGAAGUUCUCUCUGCCAAAUGUGAAAUACUCAAAGAAACGCAACAACUGAAAUCUAAACCCCUCCCACUGGAUCCCCACAUCAUCCAUUUCUUGGGUUUUACUGAUAAUGAUGAGUUGUCCUGUCUCCUCCUCACUCGGCACAAUAUUAAUGCCAUGUUUCAGACUGAGGGUAAAUCAGUCACACUGACCGGACUCUCCAUGAAGGAUCUGUCAGAGGCAGAGAAACAGAUGGGCCGAGAGUUAGUCUGUAAGCAACUUACUGUAGAAGACAAGAUGAUUAUCAAGGGCCCUGAGUGGAGAAGUCUCCAUACUCAUUUGUGUAAAUUAUUUAACUCUGAGAAAUGCACGGUUGUGAUUGAGGAGUUUCCCCGAGGGGCAGAGAAUCAGGUGGUUAUUGCUGGUCUGGCUCCCAGUGUAGGGAAAGCUUCCCAACAGAUCCAUGACUUUCUGGAGAGGAACACUCCCAUACAGAAGGACAUUCCCGUCACAUCGGUGGCCGUUAUACAGUAUAUAAUGCAAGAGAAGAAGCAGCUUUAUGAGGAAAUAAAACGUAAGAAUGUAAAUGUUGGUAUGAAAGAAAAAACUAUCACUUUGAGUGGGUCCAAACUGUAUGUUCAAGAGGCAGCCGCCCUUAUAGAAAAGGUUCUCUCCUCACUACACUCUGACAUUGUGUGCAUUAAAAAGCCGGGAGCCAAGAAGUUCUGUAUAGAGAAAGAAGAAAUGUAUGUUAGUGCAGCAAAGAAUAAGUUUCAGUGCUUGGUUCACUUCCAGAAGGAUGGAGAAGACAUUACUACUAGUCUGGUGGAUCUCAGUGAACCUCACUGCCAAAUAGACUUGCCACAAGGAGUGACCAUUGCAGUCUAUAAGGAUGACCUGACCCGUCACCGCGUUGAUGUUGUAGUUAAUGCAGCCAGGGAAGAUCUGAAGCUCACUGAGGGGCUGGCAUUGGACCUACUGAGUGCUGCGGGGCCCAAAUUACAAACAGAAUGUGAUCAUAUUAUAAAAAGAGAAGGGAAAUAUUCAGUUGGUGACUCAGUAAUUACUGGUGCUGGUAAUCUGCCGUGCAAGCAGGUUAUACAUACUGUUAGUCCCAAAUGGGAUCCAAACUCACAAACCAGAUGCACCCGACUGCUCCGGAGAGGAAUAAGCAGGUGCUUAGAACUGGCUGCAGAAAAUGGACUCGGUUCCAUUGGGAUCCCAGCUGUUGGUUCCCAGAUGUCUGGCUUCCCUGUGACUGUCUCUGUGCAGAGCAUUGUGGAGUCGGUCAGGCAGUAUGUGGAGAGCACAGAAAGGUCUAGGAAGGUUACAAGAAUUCAUCUUGUUGAUUCUGCUGAUGGUACCGUUGCGGCUUUUGCUAAGGCUGUCAGGGCUGAAUUUGGAGACCAUGUCCCAGAAACCUCCAGUAAAGGCAACACCAACCCCGAUAGUAAAGAACCACCAAGAAGGUCAGAUGGCCAAAUGGCAACAACUAAAGAGGGAGUGAAUAUCAAAAUAAUCCAAGGGAAUAUCCAAGAUGCAACAACAGAUGUGAUAGUGAACAGUGUGGGGAAGGACCUGGAUCUGAAUACCGGCGCCGUUUCUAAAGCGCUAAAUGCCAAAGCCGGUACCAAACUCCAACAACAAUUAAGAGAAAUGAGCCGUGGGACCCAAGUGGAAGAAGGUUCUGUAUUUGUCACCGACGGAUUUGGCCUCAACUGCAAGAAAGUCAUUCAUGUCGUGACUCCCGGGUGGGACCAAAGAAUGGGUUCUGCUGAGAAGGCACUAAGGGGGAGCCUGGAAAGCUGCCUGAGUACCACAGAGAAGGACAAACUGAGAUCCGUAACGUUCCCGGCCAUUGGAACAGGAGCUCUUGGGUUCCCUAAACAUUUGGUCGCUUCAUUAAUGUUUGAUGAGGUUCUGAAAUUCAGCUGCAAACAUAAAGGCGGCCAACUGCAAGAAGUCAACUUUCUGUUGCAUCCAAGUGACACGGAGACAAUCAAGGCCUUUAAUGGUGAACUUUCUGAAAGAACAAAGACAGAGGAAUCCAGUCACCAAUCUAAGGAUGGAACAAAAGCAGCUUUAUUUGGCUUGGUCUCAACCCCGACCCUCGGAGUCCAUGAGAUGAGAAUCGGAUCCCUUAAGUACCAAGUGAGAACAGGAGAUAUAACCAAGGAGAGCACCGAUGUUAUCGUUAAUUCCUCAAACAGCUCGUUUACACUAAAAGCAGGUGUUUCCCAGGCAAUUCUGGAGGCUGCGGGAAAGAGUGUGGAAGAUGAAUGCACCAAACUAGGUGCCCAGGCUAAUAAAGGGUAUAUUGUCACACAGAAGGGAAACCUGCCCUGCCGGCACAUCAUUCAUGUGCAUGCAAUAUCAACACCUGAUAAGAUUAAAGCCUCUGUGCUGGAUGUUCUGCAGGAGUGUGAAAAUCUAAAGGCCACGUCGGUUGCUCUUCCAGCCAUGGGAACAGGUGCAGGUAAAGCAACCUCUGCUGCCGUGGCUGCGGCCAUGUUGGAUGCUGUUGAGGAAUUUGUCACCACGAAGUCCCCUAAGUCUGUACAAACAGUAAAAGUGAUUGUUUUCCAGCAGAAAAUGUUGGACGAUUUCUAUAAGAGUAUGAUGAGCAAGGAGGAAACCGGUCUCCUGGCACGGUCUGGGUUUAUGGGUACGAUACAAUCCUUUUGGAACUAUCUCACCUCAAAGAAAGAAGAACCGGAGAAGCCAAAGCUUUAUAUUCCCAAACAAAACAUUGAGCCGGCGGUUUUCCAUCUUUGUGGAGAAGAGAAGAAGAAAGUGAUGGCGGCUUCAUCGUGGCUGGAAGAGCUUUUACUGAAGGAACAACAUGAGGACAUUAUCUCUGAUGCUUGGAUCCUGGAGUUUGAAGAGCAGGAGCUGAAGAAACUAACUGAACUUCAAAAGAAAUCCCAGGUGUCCAUUUCUAUUGAACCUUCAGAUUCUGCCAUCAGAGUGUUGGGUCUCACAAGAGAUGUGUUUGAUAUAUCCAAGGAAAUCCACCUCAUUAUAAAAGAAGUCAAUUACAGGAAAACCCGGGAGCGGGAGGCGGAGCUCUACAGUAACCUGGUGGAAUGGAAGUACCAUAAUGGCUCCGGGUUUGUUCCCUUUGAUAAAAUGUCCAACCUGGAUCUAGAAAAGGCCCAGAAUGAGGGCAAGCUGAGCCUCACUGUCGAUGUUGGGGGAGUUAAAUACACGGCUAACAUGGAGCGGAAAUCUGUGUCCGAUGGGAAAGGAAAGAUCAUUGGGAUAGAACGAGUGUGUAAAAGUGGUUUGGCUUUGCCUGGGAACUGGGAUCCGAUGGAUAAGGAACAGAUGAAGAUUGUGCCUCUGAGUCCCGGGAGCGCAGAAUAUAACCAAGUCGAGGGGAUGUUUGCACGGAGCUGCCAGAUGAGGAUCAUUAAGAUCCAGAGGGUACAGAACCAGUACCUAUGGCAGAACUACCAGAUUAGGAAGCAGAGUAUUGACACCAAGAGCAGUUCCACCAACAACGAGAAGCAGCUGUUCCAUGGGACUAAUCCCGGCACUAUAGAUAAUGUCAACAAUCAUGGCUUCAACCGCAGCUACGCCGGGAAGAACGCGGCUGCGAUUGGGAACGGGACCUACUUUGCCGUUGAUGCCAAUUACUCUGCCAAUGACACCUACUCCAAGCCGGACCCGAGUGGCCAUAAACACAUGUACCUGGCGCGGGUCCUCACUGGCACCUUCACUACUGGGCAAAAACAUAUGAUCACCCCUCCAUCUAAGAACCAAUCAAACCCCACGGAUCUGUAUGACAGCGUAACGGAUAAUAUAAACCGCCCUUCAAUGUUUGUCAUCUUUAACGAUAUCCAGGCCUAUCCCGAGUAUCUCAUCACAUUCACUAGAUAAUCAUCUAAUGUCCCCGCCCCAUGAGAAGUAACUUAUUGUGAGCUUUUUUGUUCUUUAAAGGAGAAGUAAAGGCCUCAAACAAUCAAAAUUCACUUAUAAAUCAUGGGGAUUGGGGAUCCUCCUGCCCCCCGCUAGCCUUCAGCUCCCGUCCUGAUUGGCUCCCAUUGAAACCAGGGGUCAGUGGGAGGGGUGUCUGUGAGUUCUGUGUGUUCCAAAAGAGGGGAGGCCAGAAAAUCCAGAGUAGGAAGACAAGAUGGAGAAGAGUAUUGGCCAACUAAGCAUUUUAGUGCACCCUCAGUUUCAGGGUAGAUUUUUUUUGUGGGCAAAUGAUUUGGGGACGGAAUUGAAUAUAUAUAUAUGCACCAUAUUAUAUAUAGUAUUUAGGUUUGGUUUAUAUUUUCUUUUAAUGAUGGAAUGAGAAUAAGCAGAAUGAAGGUUUGGUUAUUGCUUGUGUGCCCUCUGGAGCUUGGAGCUGCGUGAGACGAGGGGUGCCAUGGGGGUGUCAGGGCGGUGCCAUGGGGGUGCCACGGCGCAGCUUUAGCUUCAAUUCACGGCUGUCGCACUGUUUCCACGUAGUGAGUCUAGAUUUACAGUGUGGCACGUACUCUCACUAUGGCUUUGGGCCAGAACCCUCACAGUGACUGAGAAACUCUAUGCACUGCAUUAAAUCAAUAGUUCUACAGAAAUAAAGAUGGAAAAAAAAAA